AGACGAUUGAACGAGCACGUGAUGAUGAGAAAAAUGUCCAAGCCAAAUCCAAUCUUCUCAUCUCGAUUGUAAUCAUCACCAUCACUUCCAGCACACACACAAGACAUGACGUCAAAACUUACUACACAAAUACUGAGGGGAAGCUUACGUUCUUCUCCUGGUCCUUCAGGCUUGGCAGGAUUCACAUUACCUUGUCGUAAAAUUGUAUUGGAAUAUAAUGACGAUUGGCCAAGUUCGAAAGGAGCUAUGGAUUUUGCCAGAGCGGGUAGAUUAACACAAAUCGCAGAACAAUGGCCAAAUGUAGAAGUUGUGCUACAAGAGAAGCCUAACAGACAUCCAAUGCUAAGAGCAUUUUACGUUAAUGGAAAGGAAAAGGGUAUUUCACUACGUAAUAUGGGAAUAGGAGAAGUUGCUAAAAAGAUCAAAUUGGUUCUUGAUCAAAGCGGAAAGAAACAUAUCCAUCUCAAAAAUCGUCCAAUCGUUGCUGGAUCAGAAGAAUCCGCUCGUGGUGUUUGGAGUGCACUUCACGUACCAAGAAAAAGCAAUUGAAGUGAGAUUAAGCAAUCAAUUUUGUAUUUGUAGACAAUAUUAUAAUAAAAGUACAUUCACAUACA